CUCUCUUUUCCCUUUUUCUUUUGAAUAGCAUUUGGUUGCACGUUUCCUCUGGUGAGUUUCCAUUAAAUAUAUUAAAAAUAAACGAAAAAUCGCAAUAACGUGGCAGAAUUGACGCCGCCAUUAUGCAGAUCUUCGUGAAAACCCUCACCGGCAAGACCAUCACCUUGGAGGUGGAGCCUUCUGACACCAUCGAGAAUGUCAAGGCUAAGAUCCAGGAUAAGGAGGGCAUUCCCCCAGAUCAGCAGCGUCUGAUCUUCGCCGGCAAGCAGCUGGAGGAUGGCCGCACUCUGUCCGACUACAACAUUCAGAAGGAGUCCACCCUGCACUUGGUGCUCCGCCUGCGUGGUGGUAUCAUUGAGCCCUCGCUCAGGAUUCUGGCCCAGAAGUACAACUGCGACAAGAUGAUCUGCCGCAAGUGCUACGCCCGUCUGCAUCCUCGUGCCACCAACUGCCGCAAGAAGAAGUGCGGACACACCAACAACCUGCGCCCCAAGAAGAAGUUGAAGUAGACUAUGAUCAUCCGUCGACGGUCCAGGCUGGUCUUUCUAUCGACAAAACCAUGGUUAACCAUCUAAGUAAAUAUAUGUACAUUUUGUGAAACCACAUCUAAUCGAAAUGUAUUGCAUUUGCUGCCAAGGCACAGCCUAUUUACACCGUGU